AUGAAAGAAGCAGCGUAUGUUGAUGAGCUUAAAGUUCUUGAAGAUUUCAAAAACACAAAGAAUGAAUGGUAUAUUAAAGAAACUCGGAGACGACGCAGAAAGGCCACUCCUAUUGUGCAAAAUGUUAAAGAAUCUUCUUCACAACCAAAGAAGAAACAAAAGAAGGCUGCUAAACCAUCUUUGAUUGAUGAGCCAGAAGAAGAUAAUCCUGUGACCACUGUAGAAAAGGAACCAGUAGUAACUGCUGAAGAUGAUCUGUUUAACGUUAAUGAUCUAUUUGAUACUGAUGUCUUAGAGACAGGGCCAACAGUGGUUGCUGAUGUGGAUAAAGUUGUGAAUGUUGAAGUUCAGAAAGGGAAAGAAAAGAUUGUUGAUGAUGUUGAGGGAGAUGAUGUGAAUAAAGACACUACAAAACAUGUCUCUCAAUCACAAUCUCCUCAAGGCGGUAAAAAGAAAGCUGGAGCUAGAAAGAAAGUGGUUUCUCCAAAGAUCAGAAAGGUGACUCCAAAGAUUAAGAUACCGAAGAUUGUGCUCAAGAAGAAACAAACAAAAGAAAGCAAGAAACCACCUACAUCACCACAUGAACCAACACCACCACAAUCACCAAUUCAAUCACCACCCGGACAACCUACUCCACCACAACAAUCUUCACCACCUAAACACCCAACACCACCAAGACAACCUUCACCGUUACAUCUUUCACCUCCGCCACAACAAACCCUUCUUACCUCACAAGAUAUCUUUCAAACACCUCCACUCACCCAAGGUCAAUUAACACCUGGUUCUGCAGGGUAUAAAGGUAUUCCAAAUGUUCCUUCAAAUCUGAGCCUUGAUGAUGUGGGAGAUUUCGAUUUUGCAAACAUUUCUCAAGUCAAGAAUGUUGAAAAGAAAGUCGAUGAAGUGAUUGCUGAAAACAAAAAGUUGAUUGCUGAAAAUAAAAGGGUGACUGACCGUGAAAAGAUUCUUGAAAUGAGAGUAAAGAGGUUGGAGAAUGAUAACAAAGAGUUGGAGAAAAAGAUAGAUUCUGAUCAGUCAGAGAUUGACAUUUUGAAAGUAAGAGUUGCUGAGCUUGAAGAAGAGAAAGUUCGACAUGAUGAACAGAAUGAAUACUUCAAGUUAAAGAACAAAGAGCUUGAAGCAGCCAAAGCGUUCAGAGAUCAUGAAUUCUAUAUGCUGAAUAAAGUAGUUGAAAGCAUGCUUGGAACAUCUGUAGAACAAAGGUUUGAAGAGCUGCAACUUGAAGAGCUAAGAGCACAACGUCAAGCAGAGAUUGAUAAAAAAAUGAAAGACAAAGACAAAGGCGUUGAAGGGAGUUCUGCAGUGACAGAAAGAUCGAUUGUUCCUGCUAUGGUUGUUGAGAAUCCCGAGCCUAUCUCUGCUGUUUGUGGUCUUUUUGAGGAUUAUACACCGCUUGAAGAAUUAAUGGGUGGCAGUAGUGAUGAAGAUGAUGAAGAAGAGGAGGAAGAAAAGAAAGAUGAUAAAGAUGAGAAAGUAUUUUCUGCGAGCAGUCAUGGAUCUGGUAAUAACGAUGACGAUGAUGAUGCUCAGGGUGGUACAGGGUUGAAAGUUACUGAGGCUUCUUCUGAACAGAAUGUUGAUGAUCUGAUGAACGAUUCAGUAAAUGAAGAAUCAGGGGAAGCAGAUGGAAAGGGGGAGUCGAGUGAUACACAAAAUGUUCAACAAGCUGCAAAGUUAAUCUUGAGAUUAGAUACUUAUCGUGAAGAAGGAGAGCAUUUCCAUACUUACACGUUGGAAACAAUUAAGGAAAUGACUCGCAUGCAUCCUAAAUAUGAGUAUCGUUAUGUUGAAGAGGCUGAUAUGUACGAUAGAGUCAAAGUAGAAGACUGGACGGAUGAUGAAAAUGUUGAUGAAGAUACUUCACAGUUGCCAACAUUGAUGGAAUUCUUCACAGAAGAGAAUCGUGAUGAGUUAAGAAGAAAAAUUUCUGAGAUUUUGAAAGAUAAGAACUUUGAUGGCACUCAAAAAGAUAUGGCAAACGAAGAACAAAAGAAAUGA